CUCGUUGAGCAUAACAGAAACAGGAAAGGAUAUUGACAAGAAGGUUCGUAAAAACAUUUUUCAAGAAGAUAAAUUUCGCUAUGGCUUUCGGAUUAACCCAGUGGCUCAUAUUGUUUACUGUAUUUGCGGUCGUUCUGACAGCUAUCACUUGGUCCGCGAUACAUCUGGUCAAAAAAGAGCCACCACCGAACAUCACAGAUAUUAUUUAUGUAUUUCUCGACGCGGAUUAUUCUAUUGAGUGGAGAAAGGCUGCACUUUAUACCCAGUUUUUUAACGUGACGUCGCGAGUGGUGGAAAAAAGUUCGAAGUUAGUCAAAAAGGGCCAAGACUUCGUAAUACCACGCACGAUAUCACCAUCGGAAACAAUUCAUGAAACAACAAUGUCACCUCCAACAUUUCCGACGGAAUUUCCAAAUGUGACUGACAAUUAUAAAAAUUAUAAACAGCUAGUGAUAACACCAAGCCCAGAUCAGGUUUUGAGACACACACAAAGGGAGCAUUUAACACAUAAAACAACAUCAUUCGACAUAGAAAUAUUUAUGAAGAUCAAGUAUAAGUCAAUCUACAAGUCCGGUAUGCCGAUGUACAGAGAGCUGUAGCUCUGAGCUUUCCGACCUACCUUCAGAUGAAAAGAAUGCGUUAGCUUCGGGUGCAGGUGAUUGAAGCAAGGUAGUCGCACAUGUGUUACAGACCUGAUCAGAGCCAGUAUCGACAGACACAUAGACGGAUUCUGGUUAUAAUCGGAGUUACAGAAAAAAAAAGGUUAAUAGCAUUAAUAUAGCUGCUCCAUGGAGUUUCGGUUAAUGGCGUCAAUUGGGUGCUUUUCGUUUUUGUGCUAAUUCCAAUUUCUUUCAAACUUCAUCUUGCGAGCUAGCAAUCGGAGCAACCUUGUUUUUGCUUCGUAAAUUCGAAACGAUAUAAAUCUUCUCCAAGGGCGAUAUUCAUAGUCCGUUUUUAUUUUAGAUAAUGUCUUGAGAUACUAAUGCAUAGGCUCACUGAUUAGUUCGUGAUA